AUGGGCGGGUGCUUAUCGGUGGAGGUAAUUGCAGAGAGCGCGCCCAGUUCGCCCUUCGGUAACGUCACAUCCACCACGCCCAGGUCCCGCGCUCAUUCCGUCGCCUCCAGCCCUGGUGGUAACCAGCGUUUCGCGACGGGUUUUUCGCCUCGAACGCCGAGGGAAGCUGGGGAUGGGAGCGAGGCGGAGGGUAACGGAGCAGGGGGCAGAGGGGUGGCGGGCGGAGGGGGGAAGUUCAGAAGGGGCGCGGGGAAAGGGAAGAGGGUGGGGAGCGGAGUUGGCGGAGCGAAGGCCGUGUCUAGCGGCGGGGGGAGAGGGGGCGGAGGGGAGGGAGGGGAAGGAGGGUGGGGACGGGGAGCGGAGAGGCAAGGGGGGCCGGUAGGGAGGGGGAAUGGGAGAGGGGGAGGAGGGGACGGGUACGGCGGAGGUGGCAACUUGGCAGCACCGCAGAGCGUGCCUGUGGAACAAGCAGCUGGUGUCCCAUCAGGUAGGGAGCAAGCAGCUGGUGUCCCAUCAGAUGCCACCUCCACCAACUCUGGCGGCCUUUCCGCCGCCCAAUCGACCUCCUCCGAUCCCAGGGACGGGCGGGGCACGGCCCGCAAGUUCCGGCUGCACGAGCUGCGGGCGGCGACGUCGUCUUUCAGCAAGAAGGCGGUGCUGGGCCGGGGCAGCUUCGGGGAGGUGUAUCUGGGGAAGCUGGGGGGGAAGGAGAGCAAGGAGGUGGUGGAAGUGGCGGUGAAGAAACUGAAUCCGGAGAGUUCACAGGGGCUGGAUGAAUGGCUGCUGGGGGGAAAGGAGAGCAAGGAGGUGGUGGAGGUGGCGGUGAAAAAGCUCAACCCGGAGAGUUCUCAAGCGCUGGAUGAAUGGCUGAUGUAUCUGGGGAAGGAGAGCAAGGAGGUGGUGGAUGUUGCGGUGAAAAAACUGAAUCCGGAGAGUUCUCAGGGACUGGAUGAACGGUUGGUGAGUGGGUAUUGUGGGGCAUUAUGGGGCAUGGCAUCUGGGGAGGUGCAUCUGGGAAGGUGUAUCUGGGGAGGUGCAUCUGGGAAUGUGUAUCUGGGGAAGCUGGGCGGGAAGGAGAGCAAGGAGGUGGUGGAAGUGGCGGUGAAGAAGCAGAAUUCGGAGAGUUCUCAGGGGCUUGAUGAAUGGCUGGUGAGUGGGUGGAGAGGCGGAGAUAGUGCUGCUGAGGAAGCUGCACCAUCCCAUCCCAACCUGGUGGAGUUCAUAGGCUACUGUGCAGAAAAGGGCGAGGGAGGCUACAGUGACUCUCUGUCGCCUUUCCCUUCCCGACCAACUGUUGUAUCCUUUCUUGUCUUACAACCUUCCCCCCUCCCCUUCCUUCCCCCACAGGCGGAGAUAGUGCUGCUGAGGAAGCUGCACCAUCCCAAUCUGGUGGAGCUGAUAGGCUACUGUGCAGAAAAGGGCGAGGCGCUGCUCGUGUACGGGCUCUGCCCCAAUGGCAGCCUGGACGACCGCCUAUUCCCCCGGAGGGAGGUCGAUAUCAUUGACUGGCCCACACGCGUGCGGAUAGCGCAGGGAGCAGCGCAGGGGCUGCUGCAUCUACACGAGAACAAGGUCAUUCACCGCGACUUAAAGCCGUCCAACAUCUUAUUGGAUCAGGACAUGCAAGCACGCAUCACGGAUUUCGGCAUGGCGAAGCAGUCGGCCAGCAGCGUGAGCCACAUCUCGACGCGAGUGAUGGGCACGAUGGGGUAUUUGGAUCCCGAGUACAUGGAGACGGGGUGUCUGAGGGAUAAGAGCGACGUUUACUCGCUUGGAGUCAUUCUGUUACAGGUGUGUAUCUCCCUUAGAUGGUGUGGGAUGGGCACGAUGGGGUAUUUGGAUCCUGAGUACAUGGAGACGGGGUGCUUGCGAGACAAGAGCGAUGUGUAUUCGCUUGGAGUCAUUCUGUUACAG